AUGAUCCUCGAAGUCGGGCCAGAGGCUCAACACCGUACGGCAGUGUUUACGAACCCCUUCGGGGACGACCUCACACGAGCGAAUAGCCUUGCAGGCGGUCCCAUUACCAUAUCCCUGAGCCAUAGUGGACAGAGCUUUGGACGUAAGGCGUUCAACAUGAUACGUAUCAUGUUGACCGUCAUGAACCUCGAAGUCUUCCUGACUUAG